AUGUCUUUUCUCAAGGCUUUCUCUGCCAUUGCAGCUCUUACAGCUGGCCAUGUCACUGGUCUGGCAGUAAGACAAUCGCCCGCUGGCGAAGCAACUGUCGAUAUCGCGAAUCCCAGUGGUCCGGCUAGGUUCCUCGGUUCCGGCUUCAUCUACGGGUUCCCCGAUAACGGAAGAGAGAUUGAUACCUCCAUCCCCGACCACUUCCAGCGCUUCGACUCGGCCCUCUCCAACUACCGGACCACGCGCAAGUACGGAGCUGACUUCAUCCUAUUGCCCCACGACCUCUGGGGUGCCGACGGCGGCCAAGCAGGAGGCUCAAUCUUCCCCGGUGACAAUGGCAACUGGACAGAGACUGAGCUUUUCCUCCACCAUCUUGUUGAUGACAUCAAGUCUAAUAACAUGCUCGACGGCCUUGUCUUUGAUAUCUGGAAUGAGCCUGAUCUUGACAUCUUCUGGGCUCGAUCUUGGGAUCAGUACUUGGAGUACUAUGUCAGGGCUCACAAGAUCAUUAGGGCUGAACUUCCGGGCACUUUGAUCAGCGGACCAUCAGCCGCCAACGCCCCAGCCGUUGACUUGGAUAACUGGAAGGCUUGGAUGUCCAAGGUGGCAGCCAAUGACGCCAUUCCCGACAUCUACUCCUGGCAUCAAAUUGGUGAAUGGCAGCGUGAGCCCGACAGAACCGUUGCCGACUUCAAGUCUCUCCAAAGCACCUACAACCUCCCAGACCGCCCAAUUGACUUGAACGAGUACGCCUGGCCAUCCGAGCAGAACCCUGCCAACGGCGUCUUCUACCUCGCCCAACUUGAACGCCACAACCUCCGCGGUCUCCGCGCCAACUGGGGCGGCGGUUCCGACCUGCACAACUGGAUGGCCGACUUGCUCUUCAAGGAUGCCAGCGGAGCCUACAAGCCCAACGGAGAGUGGCAGGUGUAUAAGUACUACGCCCAGAUGACCGGCGAGCGCGUCGCUACCACCGCCUCAGCUGACCGGACGUUUGAUGUCUUUGCCACCGUUGAAAACAACAGCGUCAAGAUCCUCGCAGGAACCAGGACCGUUCAGAAGAACUACGAGAUCAAGGUCUCUGGACUCAGCAGGCUCGGUCUUCCCAGCGACGGUUCCGUCCAAGUCCGCACCCUGCGUUUCGACUGGGCUGGCACCAAGGCUGAGGUUGGAGGACCGGUUGACUUGGGUGUUACCAGCAUUUCGUCCGCUUCUGACAGCCUUACUAUCCUGGUCGAGCCACCUACCAACUCCACCGCAUUCGCUUUUGAGCUCUUCUAA